UUGCAGCUCCGUUCGUGUCCGUGGAUCUGCUGCUUCUGAAACACCUGUGGAAAAACCGAGCCGCGUCCUUCUCCCUCCGUUGGUCAGAAGCAGAGAAACAGGCUGUUUUCAGUCUAUUGGAGCCAAUGGCUGUGAUCGCCCUCAGCUGCCUGUGGAUGCUGCUGCUUGCGGGCUCAUGCGUGAGGCUGGCGGCCGCCGCAGAGUGCGGGACGGAGUGCGCGCGCUGCGUGUUCAGUCUGCGGGGACAGAAAUCUGCUUUCUCCACUCUGAGUUGCUCACUGGAGUGCGAUGGUGUGAUGGAUAGCCAGAGACUUCGCCUCUGCAAGGACUUUUUAUUUGAGACUGAUGAGGAUGUUUCUGUGGACGCCGAGCUCCAUCAGCAGCCCGAUCAGCUAGCCGUGGACCCGGCGAUGGCCGACGAGGCCGCUAGCCCUCCUCAACACCUGAUUGCCAAAAAGUACGGCGGCUUCAUGAAAGGUUAUGGAGGUUUCAUGUCUCGGUCGCUGUCUGCCCAGACGGAACCACGAAAUCUGAACGAGGAAGAAAACAUUCGACUGGGGAUCUUAAAGAUGAUCAGUGCUACAGAAGACCAGGGCAUGGAGGAAGGUGAUGAUGACAAAGCAGCGGCGCAGAGGUACGGGGGCUUCCAUAGGGUGGGGGAGGUGGUGAGAGGCAAACUGCUUGAGGCGGUUUUAGGUCAUGGUCUUAGAAAGCGUUACGGGGGGUUCAUGAGGCGCGUGGGGAGGCCUGAAUGGCUGGUGGACAGCAGCAAGGCUGGUGGGACUCUGAAGACGUCCUGGGAGAACGGCAGCGGGCUGCAGAAGCGCUACGGCGGCUUCAUGGAUUAGAAAGCAAACCUUCCUCUGCUUCCCGCCAUGUUGGACUGUGAACAUGUUUAUGCUUGCAUUAACGUCGUAAACCGCUGCAGUGUAACUUUAUGGUUUGUAAAAUGUGUUCU